CUCAGUGAGGGAAGAUGUUACUCUUGAUUGAACCUACAUCCCAUCUCCUUGUGCAGAACUUCUCCUAUUUCUCCUACUUCUCUGAGCUCCAACAUUCAUACUGGUUUGUACCAGUAAUUGAGACCAUGGUUCUACUGAUCCUCUUUUUAGUCUCAGUGGUUGGUAACCUUGGUGCACUUAUACUGGUCAUCCAAAAGAGGCGGCGAGCUAACAACACCAUCUUGACCUUGAACCUUUUUCUCGCGGACCUUUUGUUUGUCAGCACUGUCCCUUUUGUCAUUACCGUGAGGUGGACCAAGGCAUGGAAACUGGGCUCUGCUGCCUGCCAUUUGAUCAUGUACUUUAUCAGCAUGAGUGGCACUGUUACCAUCACCACGCUGGCCGCCAUCAGUAUCGAGAGACUGCUUGCAAUCUUGAAGAUGGAGACUACACCCAGCCUAAAUCCAAGAUGGACACUUGGAGUGCUGCUUCUUAUCUGGUUCUUCUGUGCUGUUGCAAUGUUACCCCUCUCUCUAUUCUCCAGGGUGAUACCAGUCAGCUCCUCUCAAGAGGGAGAAAUGCAUAUAUGUGCUCUGAUAUGGCCACAUUUAAUGGGCGAGGUUGUGUGGUAUGUUAUUUUCUUUGCAUUUGGCUUCCUGGUACCGGGUUUUAGCAUUGUAAUCAGUUACACCAAAAUCUUACAGAUCAAGCAGCGUUGCAAAAGGAGACUUCACAUGACCACUUCACAAAGACAAGCACAGUCAAGUGCAGUGUCUAAACAGGACUUCAAACUUUUCCGUACACUCCUUAUUCUCAUGAUUUCCUUCUUCAUCAUGUGGAGUCCCAUCUUUAUCUUCACCUUUCUCAUUCGUAUACACAACUUCCAAGUCCAUUUUCCCAUAACCUCCUCCAUGUUUGUGUGGGUGCUGACCUUUACCCUGGCUAACUCAGCCCUUAACCCUGUUCUCUACAGCCUUUGCCAGCUGAGGCAUAAAUGGCAAAGGCUUUGCUGUGCAACAGCAGUCACAACAGGUCAAAGAGCUGUUACUCAGUAA